AAGAUUUCAUCAGGCGCCCACCGUGUGGCCGGUACCCUAACGUAAUGCGUCGAAACAUUGUCGAUGGAACUCAUCCUCGAUGCACUCUGCGUUUCCUCUCAGCCUCUCCUCCUCCCUUCCUCAUACGUCCUUGGUAACCCAUGGAUAAAUCUGCCUUGGUUUAUCUGAUGUUCCCUCUAAUCCUAACUACAAUCGUGUUCCUCAACUCUUGUUGCGGACGGCAUAUCUCCGGAGAAUUGUUUCCGUCGCCGACCGACUUUUGCUGCCCGCUUCUUCGCUCUGAUGGCACCUCGGCUUCCGAAGCCCAAGCUCCGCAGCUCAAGGUUAUCUCUGGCCUCACUAACGCAGCCGGCGAUGAUCAUAGUGGCGGUUACACUGGUCAGACCCCUUCGGCACUGCAGUACUUCUGCUGUCACAAGCUGCGAGGCAUUAAUUGCUGCCUCAGCACUGAGGUUGGAGAAGUCCAAUCUCCUCAGCUUAUGGUCGCUUCUGGGAUUGCCGACACCAAUAUCAGUCGUCCCUACUUGGCAAGGUCACCAGGAGGAGAUCUCAAAUUUGCAGCCACAAGUUCACACCGAAAGGAAGACAUGUCUCAAAUGGCAAGGUUACCAAGAAGCACUCUCGAAUUUGCAUCCAGAAGUUUGGUCGAAGGAAAAGCGGAUGAAUGUGCUGAUUGCCGAGAUGGUACAAUAGACAAUGAAUCGGAUGUCAAGACACCACCAGCUGACAACCAUUCAAAGGACUCACCGAGCUCUGGCGGAGAAGGGAGUCCACCGGCAGCAUCUCCCGAAGGUGCAUCUGGACCUGCAGCUCCGUAAAUUGCAAUCUCUCUCAGUGAACAUACAAUUACUUAUCGCCAGUGUAUUGAAAUAUAAUGAUAUAUUUGGAGAUAUUCAAUAUCUCCCACUUUUACAGGACAUUCAUACACUCCUGAAGUGAAUUUUUAGACACUUGGAAAGCUUUCCUUUUAAGGAGAAAUAUAGCCAAGGGUUUGAAUA